AUAUUUGGGAUGCGGAAGUGUUUGUCAGCUGAUGUAGGUCAUGUGGCGUAGCCCGAUAAAAAACGUUAUUUAAACAGACUCUGUAUGUAGUGUGUCUCAAGCAUAAUUCGUUUGAAUCUCUUCGCGAAUUAAUCUAUCUCGGAGAGUCUUGUUCCAGCAUGCAGAACGUCAUUAACUCGGUGAAAGGCACUGCUCUGGGAGUGGCCGAGUUUUUAACGCCAGUUUUGAAGGAAUCUAAAUUUAAAGAAACUGGGGUUAUAACUCCAGAGGAGUUUGUUGCAGCAGGAGAUCAUCUGGUUCAUCACUGCCCCACAUGGAAAUGGUCGUCUGGAGAAGAAGCAAAGGUGAAGCCCUAUCUGCCCAAAGACAAGCAGUUUCUAUUUACCCGAAAUGUUCCAUGUUACAAGCGCUGUAAACAGAUGGAGUACUCCGAUGAGCUGGAGGUCAUUAUAGAAGAGGAUGAUGGAGAUGGGGGAUGGGUGGAUACCUAUCACAACUCUGGUGUUACAGGGGUGACAGAAGCAGUUCAGGAAAUCUCAUUGGAUAAUAAGUUUUGUAUGCAUGUGAAGGACAAUAUGAAUAUGAACGUGCAGACGGGUGCAAGUGGAAACGGUGAUGACGAUGAUGAUGAAGGAGAUGCAGCAGACAUGGAAGAAUAUGAAGAAAGUGGACUUUUGGAGACUGAUGAAGCCACUCUUGACACAAGUAAAAUGGCAGAUUUAAGUAAAACCAAGACAGAAGCUGGAGGGGAAGAUGCCAUUCUACAGACAAGAACUUAUGAUCUUUACAUCACAUAUGAUAAAUAUUACCAGACCCCAAGACUAUGGCUGUUUGGAUAUGAUGAGGACAGACAGCCUCUAACGGUGGAUCAGAUGUAUGAAGAUAUCAGCCAGGAUCAUGUUAAAAAGACCGUCACCAUUGAGAAUCAUCCCCACCUGCCUCCACCUGCUAUGUGCUCUGUGCAUCCAUGCAGACAUGCAGAGGUUAUGAAAAAGAUUAUUGAAACCGUAGCGGAAGGAGGAGGAGAGCUUGGGGUCCAUAUGUAUCUUCUGAUUUUCCUGAAAUUUGUGCAAGCUGUCAUUCCUACAAUAGAAUAUGAUUACACAAGGCAUUUCACCAUGUAACUUACUGUUACGACCACAACUAUGACAACAAGUAUUGUAACUGCGUUGAGGAAGCAGAGACGAUAUAAAACUCAAAAGAGACCGUGUCCUGGAAAGAUGCUGGGAAUGUUCUAUGAAAUGCCUGGGAAGAGAUCUGGGGAAUCUGAUGGUUAGCCACACACAUAUAAAUCCAGUUUUUCUGACUAUUCUUCAGCUUUUUCUCUUAAUGCUAUCCUGAAAGUAAAAGUGUUUUAUUUUCUAUUUACGUUUAAAAGAAAAAAAACUAUGUUUCAUAUAACAAGACGUUCUCUUGUUUUAAUGGCAAAUAAAAAUGUCUGUCAGAUA